UUGUUGUUGCUGCAUUCUAUGCGAGCUCACACGUUGACGCAUUCCGAACUUACCAGGAUGACCUCGAAAAAGAAGGUCGAAAGCUUGGAAAGAUCCAAAUGUUGCUUGAGUUCUUCCGUGGAAACCUUGCACAGAAGUAUGAGAAGAAAGAAUAA